AUGAGCUCCCCUCGUUCCAGGGCCAUCUUCCCUCUGGGCCUGCCCGAAGAGUUCUCUUUCGUGACCACGUUCCGCAAGCGAAACACCCGGAGGGACCCCUGGUUCCUGGUGCGCGUCACGGACGUGGCCGGCUCGCCGCAGUUCGGCCUCAGCGUGGACGGACGCAAGAACAGGCUCGAACUCUACGCCCAGGACGUGGCCGGCAAGAGGCAGGUCUUGCGCUUCAUGAACGUCAGGGUGGACGACCGCGAAUGGCACAAGGUGGACCUGAGCGUGUUCCGUGACCACGUGGUGCUGUACCUGGACUGCGAGAAGCACUCCAGCCUCGAGCUCACCACGCCUCGGGCUCCGAUCGACGUGAAUGGCGAUGUCAACCUGGCCAAGUUCGAAGCAGACCUCAGCACCGUGCCGUUGGAUCUCCAGUGGAUGGUGAUGAGCUGCAAUCCAUCCAGACCGGAAAGGGAAUCGUGCAUCGAGCUUCCGCCCAAAAAGGUACCCACGGUGCCGCCUACGCUGCCUGCCCCUUCCCCUCCGCCAGUGCCGAUAGAGUCGGUGUGCGUGGACUGCCCUCCUGGACCUCCUGGACUAAACGGAACAGAGGGAGUUCCAGGCCUCCCAGGAGCAGACGGAAAACCUGGAAUUCCGGGAGUGCCGGGGAUGAAGGGAGAACUUGGCAAUCCCGGGGUACCGGGACUACCGGGACUGGACGGACUACCAGGACUGCCGGGACCAACCGGACCUGUGGGAUCUAAAGGAUCGACUGGAGCCCCCGGAAUACCAGGAGCACCGGGCUUGAAGGGUCAGAAGGGAGACAACGGAGUUCCUGGCGAACCUGGCGUACCGGGGAGUCCUGGUACGAUGGGGCCCAGGGGACCGCAAGGACUUCCUGGAACCGCUAUUGUGACCGAAGGUUCCAUAGGACCUCCCGGAGAAGUCGGACCACCGGGGCCCAUGGGUGAACAGGGCCUGCAGGGGCUACCUGGACCAGUGGGUCCCCCAGGAAGCAAGGGCGAACCCGGCGAAAGAGGAGUCACGGGGAAGACGGGCCCCCGUGGUCUUACGGGAGAGCCUGGUCCAAGAGGACUGCAAGGAGAGCAAGGCAUACGAGGUCCUGCAGGUCCUCCUGGGCGCGAUGGUAUUCCAGGAACCACCUCAGAAACGUCUACAUCUCCCGGCGUACCGGGACUUCCGGGAAUACCAGGAGAGACCGGACCUCAAGGUCCUCCCGGAGAAAAGGGGAGUCGAGGACCGCCGGGCAUUCAAGGAAUUGAAGGAGAAAAGGGAGUUAAAGGCGACCGCGGCAUCACUGGACUUCCCGGACCAACUGGACCGAAGGGAGACCGAGGAGAGAGAGGGUACCAAGGUGACUCGGGGCCAAAGGGUGACAGGGGCCCCUCCGGAGUUGAUGGUAGCAGAGGUGAACCCGGACUCAUCGGCCUCCCUGGUCCCACCGGCAAAGACGGAUCGUCAGGAUUGUCGGGCCAGAAGGGUGAAAAAGGCGAGCAGGGAGAGGUCGGCAAACCAGGAGACGUGGCCUACCCAGGAGAACAGGGUCCGCCAGGCGUCGCUGGUCCUAAAGGAGAGCCUGGAGCUGACGGUCGGAUGGGUAUCAUGGGACCUCUGGGUCCCAGAGGAUUCCCCGGACCUCCAGGACUGCCUGGACCCCCAGGGAAAGCAGGAGUACGGGGAGAGCAAGGCGCCGAGGGCACCCACGGUGACAAAGGACUUAGAGGCCCUGAAGGUCAAAGAGGACUACCAGGGCCCCAGGGCCCUCCUGGAAUCGCCGGCACUCCAGGACAUCCAGGGUUACCAGGUCUGAUGGGACCCAUGGGUCCUAAGGGAACCGAGGGAUCUCGCGGCCUGCCAGGCGAAAAGGGAGAAUGUGUUUACCAGACAAAGGAGGAGUACCACGUGGGUCAUAGCAGAACAGGAGCGACUGGAGCUAUGGGACCCCCCGGACUGCCCGGGGAGAGGGGGGCCCGCGGGGACAGGGGACCACCAGGAUCUCCAGGACAACUGGGCAUGCCAGGUCCCUUGGGGUCUCCCGGCGUACCAGGGACACCCGGUACCAGAGGACAACCAGGCAUGCCAGGACUGCCAGGGCCACCGGGUCGUGGUUUUACCGAAGAGGAGAUGCGAGAAGUGUGCUCCACCGUGCUCCGUGAACAACUGGCCGAGCUGACGGCCAAGCUUCGCGGCCCUGCCGGUCUCCCAGGAAGAGGAAAGCCGGGGAGGGCUGGACCACCGGGGCCCCAGGGCUCACCAGGGGACCCCGGAACACCAGGACUUCCUGGAGAACGAGGUUUCAUGGGACUUCCAGGACUGCCUGGACCACAGGGACAGUCCGGACCAACUGGUGAAAAGGGUGACAAAGGUGAUCGUGGCCCCGAGGGAAUCGGAAUGGAAGGACCCAUAGGACCUCAUGGAUCCCCGGGAUCUCCGGGGCCGUCCGGAAUCGGCGUGCCCGGACGACCCGGGGAGCGGGGUCCUCCAGGGAGGCUUGGGGCUCCGGGACCUCGCGGACCUCCGGGAGUGCAGGGCCCGCCGGGCUACUGCGAGAUGUGCAACUACGCCAGCGCCGACAUCCUCAACAUGCUGCACAUGAACACCGUCCGGGAGAACAACAAGGGGCCCGGGAAGUGAUCACGUGCCCAAGCUCGUGGCCUCCACAGAGUCCAAAG